CCCCCUGCCCUCCCCAUCGCCUCUCGCGCGGUCUGGAUCUGGGGUUUCCCUCUGCCUCUCGGGUUGAUCCGGGGGGAAGGAGCGCGGGGGGCUGGUGGGUGGGCAGGGGCCGAGGGGGUUGGGGAUCCUAGGGCUGGCGCGGGUGUAGGCGUCGACCUUGCUGGUGCCGCUGCUCCUCGUGCUGGGUUCCGAUUGCUGCUGGCUGUGGCUCUGUGACCGAGGCCUCGGUGGGGAGCGAUUGGCUACUGUGCGCUGGUGGAGUGGGGAAAGGAAAUGUUGCGAGAACUGAUGCGACAAUAAAGCUUCCUGGAUGGACGGAUGCGAUUGCAUCGAGCCACUAUGGCCAACGGACGAUCUGCUCGUCAAGUAUCAGUACAUCUCGGACUUCUUCAUAGCCCUCGCGUAUUUCUCGAUCCCGUUGGAGCUCAUCUACUUCGUGAAGAAGUCGUCCUUCUUCCCGUACAGAUGGGUCUUGAUCCAGUUUGGUGCGUUUAUAGUUCUCUGUGGAGCGACCCAUCUUAUAAACCUGUGGACUUUCACCACGCACACCAAGACUGUUGCUAUAGUCAUGACCAUAGCAAAGGUUUCUACGGCCGUUGUUUCCUGUGCAACAGCUCUGAUGCUUGUUCAUAUUAUCCCCGACUUGUUAAGUGUGAAAACAAGGGAGUUGUUCCUGAAGAAUAAAGCUGAAGAGCUUGAUAGGGAGAUGGGAUUGAUAAGGACGCAGGAGGAGACCGGCAGACAUGUUAGGAUGCUUACCCAUGAAAUCAGAAGUACACUUGAUAGGCAUACAAUUUUGAAGACUACUCUUGUUGAGCUAGGAAGGACCUUGGGUCUGGAAGAAUGUGCGUUGUGGAUGCCAUCUAGAAGUGGUUCAAGCCUUCAACUUUCACAUACAUUGCGCCACCAGAUUACUGUGGGGUCAUCUGUACCAAUUAAUCUUCCUGUCGUCAAUCAAGUGUUCAGUAGCAACCGAGCAAUCAUUAUACCCCACACAUCUCCUUUGGCACGGAUUCGACCACUUGCAGGGCGAUAUGUUCCGCCAGAAGUGGCUGCCGUGCGCGUACCUCUUCUGCAUCUUUCAAACUUCCAAAUAAAUGAUUGGCCAGAGCUUUCAGCAAAAAGCUUUGCAAUCAUGGUUUUGAUGCUUCCAUCUGACAGUGCAAGGAAAUGGCAUGUGCAUGAAUUGGAGCUUGUUGAGGUCGUUGCUGAUCAGGUAGCAGUUGCACUAUCUCAUGCGGCUAUUCUUGAAGAGUCCAUGCGAGCACGUGAUUUACUAAUGGAGCAGAAUGUUGCCCUGGAUUUAGCUAGAAGAGAAGCUGAGAUGGCCAUCCGUGCUCGCAAUGAUUUCCUAGCUGUUAUGAAUCACGAAAUGAGAACACCCAUGAAUGCAAUAAUAGCCCUUUCCUCCUUGCUUUUAGAAACUGAGCUUACUCCUGAGCAGCGGUUAAUGGUGGAAACUGUACUGAAAAGCAGCAAUCUGUUAGCAACACUCAUUAAUGACGUGCUGGAUCUUUCCAAACUCGAAGAUGGAAGCCUUGAAUUGGAAAUUAAAGCAUUCAAUCUCCAUGCUGUUUUCAAAGAAGUGAUGAGUUUCAUCAAACCAAUUGCAUCUAUCAAGAGGCUAUCUGUAUCAGUUAUGUUGGCACCAGAUUUGCCGUUAAGUGCCAUUGGUGAUGAAAAGAGGCUCAUGCAAACUAUUCUGAACAUAUCUGGCAAUGCUGUUAAAUUUACCAAGGAGGGACACAUCACCCUUGUAGCUUCCAUUGUGAAGGCUGACUCUUUGAGAGAGUUUAGAACCCCAGAAUUUCAUCCGGCUGCAAGUGAUGACCACUUCUAUUUGAAAGUUCAGGUAAAAGAUACAGGCUGUGGUAUUAGUCCUCAGGAUCUACCUCAUGUAUUUACAAAGUUUGCUCAUCCUCAAAGUGGAGGAAACCGAGGGUUCAAUGGUAGUGGUCUUGGCCUUGCUAUAUGCAAGAGGUUUGUUAGUCUCAUGGGAGGGCACAUCUGGAUCGACAGCGAAGGAACAGGAAGAGGUUGCACCGCGACGUUCAUCAUCAAGCUCGGCGUGUGCGACAACACGAACACCUACCAGCAACAGCUGAUCCCUCUAGUCUGGCCAGGCAGUGCAGACUCCGAUUCGUCUGGUCUAAAAGCGCUCCCCGAUGGGAAAGGAUCCACCUCCCUGAAAUCUCGGUACCAAAGAAGCGUAUGAGCUUACUGUAAAUGAUUGACGGCGUAGUGCCAAGUAGGGGGACCGAUUAGUUCCACCUUCUAAUUUUGUUUGUAACCCUGUCAUAGCAGGCAUAUAAUGUACAAAUAAUGUAAAGCAAAUGGGGACUGCGGCUGUGUACCUGGGUGGCAACGCUGACUUGCUGCAUUGAGUAGUUUAUCCUGCCAGCGGAUUGAAUUGCUUGUUCUGGGGUGCGCGCGCCCGUGUGCGGCCCCCGUAGCUCAUUGCUUGCUCUGUUGUAAUCUCAUUAUAUAUCCAUCGUGUAAGAUGAAAUUUAUUGCAAAGAAAUGCACGGGUAACAAGCUGUUUUGGGCGCUA